GAAUGAGCAAGUGACUUUGUUAGCCUGCUUGGUAAAAAUUUUGAUAGAUUAUAACCAUCAUGAAGAAGUGGUCUAUGAUAAGGAAGUCGUUCAACGACAUCAUCAGUUUCGACAAGCGUUGACUAUGUCAACAUCUAACAUAAACGCUACCAAAUCAGGUAAUAUGGUUGUUCGUAACUUGGGUCUCCUUUUUGGUCCAAGGUCAGUUAUUCCUCCACUCAUUAUGGCAAUAUGUUGUUGGUUAAUUGUACCUUAUAACAUGGAAUUAAUAUGCUUCAAGUGAUUUGUGAAAUAACAAAAUCUAAUACAAUUAUGGUCUAACUCGGCAUUAAACUAUAUAAGAGAUCUGAAAUCUCGACCCUAAACUAUGUAAGAGAUCUGAAUUCCUGACCGAAAUAAACCUCGAGAGCAUAAAAGUGAUUCAGUUUACCAUUCUAAUCAUUUAGAACAUUAAAAAAAAAAUCAAAAUACCAUUAAAACUCCUUCCUUGAAAAGAUUUUGUUAAAAAAAAGAGACUACUAUAGCAUCCAUAUGAGUUAAGAUGAGACUUCGUCGGGAUGGAGGUUAAGAUGUCAGCCAGGUUGACAAAGAUAAUAAUAAUAUGGCAAUCAUUCAAGGGUGACAUGUAUACCAUGUGAAGAUGAAGAUAAAAACUGCAAUUAAACAUCCACGCGUCAUAAUUCCCAAAUCAAUUACUGUUCGGGAUUUAAGCAUGCAGUGGUGAUCAUGUGAUGAAUAGUACGUGUGUGCCGGAUUUGACUUCAACUAGGACAAGACCUUUAUGGGCUGAGCCGAGCCCGGCCAUCUGUUUCAAGCAAUCGAUCGCCCAAACCGCUCGAGUCCUGAUGACUGCACGUCAACCAUGUCACCGUCCCUUUCAUACGUCACCAUAUACGGCAGCAUGCUAUGUUCAGUCAAAUUAAUUUCUUGAUAUUUAUUGUCAUAGACUAUUAAUUUUGUCAACCAUUCUCUGAGUCAACGCAAUUCGGCCUGCUCACUUACGUAGAUGAACCUUCUUGUGCCCACGGUUUAGAGCCCGUGGCUUUCCCCAGGGUGAGUGAGGGCAGUUGGGGACCCAUGACGAAGCGUAACCCCGCAUCCUCCCAUGUGUUAGGCUUCUCCAUCAUCGCCGAGCCCAACAUGGAGAACGACAACAGCGAGAGAGAGAGAGAGAGAGAGAAAGAGAGAGAGAGCGCGAGCGGUUGAGGCGGGUAUGUGAUGGACCCGGUGGGCCCACCGACUCCUUCACGGAUUCCGGAUCUUCUUUGGCCUGUACUUAAGUGAAAUCCCGCUUCGAACCCGCCAAUUAGGGUUUCUUUCCGCCCGUUUGAUUUGAAUGACCGAAACCCCCCAAAAAGGGGCAACUUUCCCGAGGCCAUCAAACCCAUCCCGCCUCAAAUGUCGGAGGGCAGCCGGCGGCCGGCUCCACCGCACCGACUCAGGCCGCGCCUCCCUUCUUCUCCUUCUUCCCGGUUCAACGGUACCGACUGGCUCGCGCGCGGCGCCGUUGACGCUCGUGGAUCGGUCUCUGCUGCUUAGUAGUGGCCCCUGCAUGGCAAAAGUCUCUGCCUUCCUUCCCAAGAAAACGUGGGCAAUCAUGAAGAUUCAAGACGAAGAAGAGAUCAAAUACUACUGAGCCUACCUCCUCCUGCUCGUCCUCCUUAGCGUGUUCUCCAAUCUCGAUCUGGUGAGCGAGUUAGUAGCUGCCGGUUCGUUUGGAUGCCCAGCAUGGCGGCGAUGGCAUUGGAGCGGCUGUUGGAGCCAAACGGGGGUCAAUCCGCCGUCGCCUUCUCUGCCUCCGACCGAGAUCUCCAAGCCGAGGAUGGCGACAACAGCAAGAAGUACCUCUCGGCUCGUCAGCAACUCUUUCUUUUCUCCCCGGAGCUCGCUUUCCCUAAUUCCUUCCCACCCUCUCGCGACUCCUCCUCCCCCUCCGCCUUCCCUCGUGUCCUUAACGGAAAUAUUUGUAGCCUGAGCAGCAACAACACCGGCGCCUGGCCCGUCUCUUCAGGUUGUGGUGGCUUCCGGUUUCAGCGGAAGCGUGAUGCUCAUCGGGGAGUUGAGUUUUGCUUGGCUGCAGGGAAGCUGCCGAUGGACAGACGUAAAGGCAACGAGGAGAGCGGCCGCUUGGAUGCCUCUUGCAGAGGGGAGGAGAAGGGAACAAAUGGACUGGAAAGGGAAGUCCUGGACAGGGACGUUGGUGAAGAUGACGAUGAAGAUGGUUUCUGGAGCCCUCGUGAGACAAGGAGCGUUACGAGCUGCUGCAGUGGCGAAAGCUCCGCAGGAUUUGGGAGCCGCACACCUAACCAUACCGAAUUCUAUGAUGCCAUUGAAGAUUUCAUCUCAGAUGGUUCUGCUUCACAGUCAUCUCUGUCCUCGAGUAUAAAAUAUGAAAAGGAACUAUGCACUUUACGGGUCGACCUUAUUGAAGAGAUUGAGAGACGAAAGACAACUGAGAUGGCCCUUCUCCAUAUGCAGACCCAGUGGGGGAGAUUAGCAGAGAGUCUGUCUCAAAUUGGAGUUACAUAUCCUGUAAGCCAGCAAGCUGGAGGAUUUCAGCUUGAGAUAGAUCCUGCAGAACUCUGCCAGGAGAUUCUAGUUACAAGAUAUGUUUCUGAAGCUGUUGAAAGGGGUUUGGCCCGGGCUGAAACUGAAGCAGCUGCACAGGCAGUUGUUGAUAUGAAGAACCAUGAGAUAUCUCGGCUGCGAGAACGAAUUCACUAUUAUGAGGCUGUGAACCGUGAGAUGUCACUGAGGAAUCAGGAAAUCAUCAAGUUGGCUCGCCAAAAUCGUGUAAGAAGAAGACGGCAACGAAGAUGGAUUUGGAGCGGCCUCGGCUUGGCUGUCCUUGUUGGUGCUUCUGUGCUUGCAUCCUCACAUCUAGGGUACACUGUCGACGACCUGCUUACCUUGGUCUACCAUAAUUCUGAGGAUGCAUCUUGCGAUGGUUCAGAUUGACGUACCUGCUUUUAGACUGUUAAUAUAGCUUUGUGUCUUAGAUCAUAGAAUCAAAUGUAGUGCAGUCGAAGCUUCUCUUCUGAAGCUAAACCUCGUGUUAAAAUUAUCUGUCAUCCUUAGAGUUUGAAUGAUUAGAAUAUGUAGAUUUUUGCAGUAGGAAGACGAUGACUCUCUUCUUGGGCCCAAACAACACAAAACACUCACAUGAUGAAGCUACUUUUGAUGUGUAUAUAAAUGGCAAUUGGUGUCGGGAACCAGCAUGAUGGUUAUAUGCUUGAAUUUAUGUGAUCCAUGAUAUUUAAGUUCAAGUUCA